CGCGAGACGGGAAGGGACGUCUUUCACCCCGGAAGCGGCGGGAGGUUGACCCCGGAAGGGUUUGCGGCCGCCAUUCUGCGUCGCUAUGGGCUCUUCCAAGAAGCACCGGGAGCGCGGGGAGGCGGCGGCGGCGCCGGGGGCCGGCUCUGGGACCGCCGGGGGUGGGGCGGGGCCCGCGGAGGACCCACCCCCAGCCUCGGCCCCCGCCCCCGCCUCGGCUUCGGCCUCCUCCUCCUCCUCCUCCUCGCGGCACCGGGAGCACAAGAAGCACAAGCACCGCGGCGGCGGGUCGGGCUCCGGGUCGGGCUCCAGCGAGCGCCGGGGCAAGCGGAGCCGCAGCCGCGGGGAGCGGAGCCGGCGGCGCAGCGGUGGGGACGAGGCCGCCGCCCCCGGGGGCAGCAGCAGCCGCGGGCAUGGCCGGGCCGGGGAGCGCGGGGCCGCCGAGGCCGAGGGCGGCAGACGGGCCAAGCGCGAGCGGCGCGAGGACGGGCACGAGACCGCCACAGCGCUCAAGAGCGGCUCUGGAGAAGCCCUGUCCCUCAGCAUUGAGGAGACCAACAAACUCCGAGCCAAGCUGGGCCUGAAGCCCUUGGAAGUGGGCACCAUCAAGAAGGAGGCAGGCACCAAGGAAGACCCGAUGGCGGCCGAUGUCAUCAACCCGAUGGCACUGCGGCAGCGUGAGGAGAUCCGCGAGAAGCUGGCGGCUGCCAAGGAGAAACGCCUGCUCAAUCAGAAAUUAGGAAAGAUAAAGGCCCUUGGAGAGGAUGAUCCUUGGCUGGAUGAUGCGGCUGCCUGGAUUGAGCGGAGCCGCAAGCUGCAGCAGGAGAAGGACCUGGCUGAGAAGAGGGCCAAGCUGUUGGAGGAGAUGGACCAGGAGUUUGGCAUCAGCAGCCUGGUGGAGGAAGAGUUCGGGCAGAGGAAGAAGGACUCGUACAGCUCGCGGGACCUGCAGGGCCUGACAGUGGAACACACCAUUGAGUCCUUCCAAGAGGGAGAGACCCUGGUCCUGACGCUCAAGGACAAAGGUGUUCUGGUGGAGGAGGAGGAUGUGCUGGUGAACGUGAACCUGGUGGACAAGGAGAAGGCGGACAAGAACGUGGAGCUGCGCAAGAAGAAGCCGGACUAUGAGCCCUACUCGCAGGAUGAGAGCGUGGAUGACAUGGCCCAGGCGAAGCCACGGGUGCUGCUGGCCAAGUACGACGAGACACUGGGGGGGCUGCGGCGCCCUGGGUUCCGGCUGGCAGCGGGGGGGGAGGCAGAUGGCACGGCCCAGCGCGAGCUGCAGCAGGUGCGUGAGGCGCUGCGCAGCCAGGCCCAGAGCCUGGCUGGACCUGGCCCCCGCCUGGCCGCUGAGUACCUCACGCCCGAGGAGAUGAGCGUGACCUUCCGGAAGCCAAAGCAGCGGGUGAAGCGACUGCGGCGCAAGGAGAAGCUGCUGACAGCUGAGGACCUCUUGGCACUGGGCCCCGCCCCCAGUGACCACGGCGACCAUGGCUCCAGGUCCCGGGGACGGGGACGGCGACAGCGGGUUCAGGAGGAGGGGGAGGGGGAGAGCCAGGAGGAGGCGGACGAGGACCCGCUUGAGGACCCUCCUCCCCCUCCCUCGGACGACACCCGCGUGGAGAACAUGGACAUCAGCAGUGACGAUGAGGCCCUGCCCCCCGGGUCACCCCCGGUGCUGGAGGAGGAUGAGGCAGAGCAGGAGCUGCAGAAGCAGCUGGAGAAGGGGCGGCGCCUGCGGCAGCUCCAGCAGCUCCGUGAGGGCGGAGACAAGGUGGCAGAGGCGGUGCGGCGUCUGGCCCGGGCAGGGCCGGGGCUGGAUGCAGACAUGGGAGUGGAGCCAGAGGAGGCAGGGGCGGAGCCAGAGCGCAAGGGGGCCAUCGUCUUCAAUGCCACCUCUGAGUUCUGCCGCACGCUGGGGGAGAUCCCCACCUACGGGCUGGCUGGCAACCGCGAGGACCCCCAGGACCUGCUGGACUUUGAGCGGGAUGAGGAGCGGUCGGUGACGGGGGCCUCGGGCUCCGAUGGGGAAGAGAACAUGGGCUGGAGCACUGUGAACCUGGACGAGGAGAAGCAGCAGCAGGAUUUCUCGGCCUCAUCCACCACCAUCCUUGAUGAGGAGCCAAUUGUGAACCGGGGCCUGGCUGCAGCCCUGAUGCUUUGUCAGAACAAAGGCCUGCUGGAGACAACUGUGCAGAAGGUUGCCCGGGUGAAGGCCCCCAAUAAGUCCCUGCCCUCUGCCGUCUACUGCAUUGAGGACAAGAUGGCCAUUGAUGACAAGUACAGCCGGCGUGAGGAGUACCGUGGCUUCACACAGGACUUCAAGGAGAAGGACGGGUACCGGCCCGAUGUCAAGAUUGAGUAUGUGGAUGAGACGGGCCGCAAGCUCACGCCCAAGGAGGCCUUCCGGCAGCUCUCGCACCGUUUCCAUGGCAAGGGCUCAGGGAAGAUGAAGACAGAGCGGAGGAUGAAGAAGCUGGACGAGGAGGCGCUGCUGAAGAAGAUGAGCUCCAGUGACACCCCCCUGGGCACCGUAGCCCUGCUGCAGGAGAAGCAGAAGGCCCAGAAGACACCCUACAUCGUCCUGAGCGGCAGCGGGAAGAGCAUGAAUGCAAACACCAUCACCAAGUGAGCCGGACACCACUGGGUCCCUCGUGCUGCAGGUCUGUGCCAUGGUGGGGACCCCUGUGCCUGGUGCUGUACAUAGUUGAGAUGUUGAUAUUCCCCCCUCGAUCUUCUCUUUUGUAUUAUGUGAAGCCCUGUGUUUGCCUCAAUAAACCCAUAAAUUCCA